AUGGUUUUUGUGGUAGGAUGUAAUUCAAAAACGUCAUGUAAAUGGUUGGAAAUAUUUACAGAAAAAAAAACAUUAUUAGAUGUUACUGGUAAAGGAAUGUAUAGAAGAAUGAAAAUCAAGUAUGAUAUUACUUCAUUGGAAAGAUUUGAUGAUUGUAAUGUUGUUUAUAAAAUAACAUUACCAAAAGAGACAUACAUUGACAUUGAUAAAAUUGAUUUAAUUCAAUGGAAACAUAAAACGGGUCAUUAUUCAAAUAUUGAAAUUGAAAAUCCAUCACAUCUAGGAAAAGAGACAAUCUUUUAUGCAUAUCCCGUAAAAACUUUUAAAAGAUCAUUUUUAUAUUCUGACAAAUUUGAGAUUGAUAUUAAACUUCGUCAUUUUGCACCAAUUAAUAAAUCUUCAUCACCAUCUCCAAGUAUAACAUUUUCAGUUCCUCAAUUUUUUAUAUCAUGUCCUAAUAAUAAAACUAUUAUGAAUGAUAUUAAUUGUACAAAAUAUUUACAUAAGCUGCCUUGUAAUUCAAAUUCUGUUGACAGGUGUUAUUUUAUUGAAAUACCAAUUGCACUGGUAUAA